AACAAGUAGGGAUAUGCUUGCAAUGGUCAUACCAGAUCGAAUUCGCAACAACAAAAAAGUUAUUUUGGAACACUUCGAAGACGUUUUUGUGUUUAGUCGAAAAGCUAAUCAAUGCUGAAAAGUUCUUAAUGGUUAAUUAACUCAAGCGUGGGUCGAAUUAAAAAGGAUUUAUACUUCCUAAUAAAUCAACUCCUUGCAAGGAAAGAAGUGAUCAAGGAAGUUGUGAGUUCGUUCUAGUCACAAUGUUGCACCAGAAUCCUUUAACUCGCUUAUCUUUAACUGUCUACUGUAGCGUCAUUUUAUUGCUGUUAUUUCUUAUCCUAUCUUUGCUGGACAUGAAGACCAAAAAUCAUUUUGUUAUUGUAAGUUUAUUUCGAAAUAAACCAGUGAAAACGACGUUAGAACGGCAUGUAUUCAGCAUUGUGCAACCAGAAACGGAAGAGCAUCUAAAAUACAAAGUAAACGUGCAUUACUGGGAUUUCAUUUGCGGUUUUAACGUGGAGAAUUUACGCAGUCACCCGUUGUUUCCCUUUUCACCGUAUCGCAGAGACACUACAAACGAUCUGUUCAUACGACAAACAGAUGUCAAAUUCGGUGCACGUGUAUUUGGUUACAUACAUCCAAAUGAAACAGGGCUUUUUAAAUUUGCAAUCAGUUCAGAUGACUGCUCGGAAUUUUGGUUAAGUCAAGAUGAAGACCCACUUCACGUCCAACUCAUUGGAAGCGUCGGUAGAACAACAGGUAAAGAAUGGUCAUAUAUCGAUCAGUUCGACAAGUAUAUCGAACAAAAGUCACGUGAUAUUUUUCUCCAGAAGGACAGAAAAUAUUUUUUUGAUAUUCUCUGGAAACAACAACGAGGGAGAACUCAUUUACAAGUAGCCUGGAUGACGCCAACGUCUCAUCAAUUUGAAACAAUUACCAGUAAAUUCGUAUCGAAAUACUAUGAUGACUCGGACAUGGAAAACGGGCUAGUGUAUUUGGACCAUUUAAAAUUUGAUUUUAGACAGCAAGAUUUACCAAGUCAUGUGAAACAGAUUGAGAAAAUGAAAGAACGGAUCUUGCACAGUAAUACUGCUUUGUUCACAAGAGAUAGUCGCGAUUUUUUAUCUCUCCCUCGCGUACGAUUCUCAGAAGUUAGAGAGGCGUUGCUAUUCAAGACUUACAAACCAAGUUGGCUUAUCAAACGAAAUAGCAGUGAAGCAAAGAACCUGGGGACAUACGGAGCUGUGCAUUUACCUCAUUACUACAACAUCACAACUAAAAUUUUUCCCAAGGACGAAACGUGGGCCCACACGAAGGAGUGCGUCGGCGAAUCUUUAAAGCCAAUGCAUUGUGAAGGAAACAUGUUGGCAACAGACGAAACAGCUCAAUGGGUAACUGGUAAAUAUAUGAAUGCUUUGAAGCUGGCUUACGCAAAACGUUACGUAUUAGUUAAAUUAGUGAACAUGGAAGAAGAAAAUGACGAACUGAAAGGAGACAGAUAUUUGCUUGAAUUAGUUGUGAAAGAUAAUCAUUUGAAAAUUCUUCGACGUCUAUCCGUGUACUUGUUUCGACCUAUACAUACCUCUUCACUGUACUAUCCAAAAAAAUUUCAGUGGAAAAAGAACGCAAUGGUUAAUUUGAUAGUUUCAGUAAAGAAUCAAGGAUUCUGGGUUCAUCAAUAUAUUCAAUCGAUCAGUAAAAUUUAUCUGCAAACUAAUGACACUCGAUUCAAUCUAAUUCUGACCGACUUUGAAAGUUUUGAUGUUGAUGCAGAAGAAGUCUUGAGACGAAGUCCAUUACCCCAUUGGAAGGUAAUUCGAAAGACAGGUCAUUUUCACAAAACAUCUGCCAUCCAAGAAGCGGUUAGUACAAUCACAGAUCCUGAUAGCAUUGUGUUACAAACAGACGUCCAUUUAGAAUUUCCACUAAAUUUUAUUGAUGACACCAGAAAGCAUUGUGUUAAAGGAAAAAUGGGAUACACACCUCUUUUAAUGCGUUUGACAUGUGGUAGAAGUAGUGAUAAACCUGCUGGAUUUUGGGAAGCAUUCGGUUACGGUAUAUUUGGUCUUUACAAGAGCGACUGGGAUAGCAUAGGAGGUAUGGACGUGGAAAAGUUCAAAAAUUCAUGGGGCGGAGAAGAUUGGGAUUUCGCAGAUAGAGUUAUAAAAAAUGGCAUCGAAAUAGAACGACUCAGACUGCCGUUCUUUUUUCAUUAUUUUCAUACACGCAAAGGAAUGUGGGAUGCAAAGUAUUAGAAUUGAUAAUCGCGUCAAAGGGUGUUGCUAUGGUGAUUGCUAUUUUACGAUUUCUAACGUGUAACCGUGACAGCGAAUUGGAACCUUUUUACUUAUUUUGAAAAGCCAUGUUACUAAAUUUCGUACAUGUUGAAGUGAUAUGCAUAACUUUCCAUUCACCAAAGUGACGGUACGUCAUCACUUUAAUUAUAGUGUGAAAAUGUCGACAUCGUGCUAAUGAGUCGUAUAUUCCCAAGAACACACACUUACGGUUCACAUUGAGCAUAUGUAAAAAAUGUAUUAAAUAUUUCUUAUUGUAUCUUAUCAAUGCCUUUGAAUUGUACUGUAAUUAUUUUCUUUACAUAUUGUAUUAUAAAUAUUUAUAUAAGAUAAUUAUUUUAUUUUGUAUAAAGUUGUAUUAUGUAUAAAAUACGCAUAGCGUGAACCAACCAUCUUUUCUGACAAUAAAUAUCUGCUUUGGUUA